CCUGUCCGCUCCGCCAGUCGCAGACUUCCUCAUUCCGUCCAGGUGCGGCUCACCUGGUGUGUGUCGGGGAGAAGUGGCUCCGGGCGCGGGAGGCGCGGCGAGAGAUGGAGAGCAGGGGCCGGGGAUGCCUCCGCUGCUGGAGCUCCCUGAAGAGGAACCUGUGUCUGAUCGCCACCAUCGCCGCUGUCGUUCUGGGAGUGGUGCUGGGGCUGCUGGUUCGAGACCACGCCGCCCUCUCCCCGCUCCAGACGCAGUACCUGGGCUUCCCCGGCGAGAUCCUCAUGAGGAUGCUCAACAUGGUGGUCCUCCCCCUCAUCAUCUCCAGCAUCAUCACAGGGGCAGCAGCGCUGAACGCGGAGGCUCUGGGCAGCGUUGGCUUGCGCGUGGUGAUCUGCUACCUGUCAACAACCGCCAUCGCCGUCUGCCUGGGUAUCACCAUGGUGACGACCGUCAGACCCGGCCUCCCCCGCGACUCCGACCCCGGCCAUGGAGUCGGGCCGGCGCCAGAGGUCACCGCGCCGACGGACGCCAUGUUGGAUCUUCUCAGAAACAUGGUUCCUGAGAACCUGCUUGGAGCCUGCUUUCAGCAGUACAAAACGCACAGGAAACAGACCGACCUGCCGGGCUCACCUGCUGUGGACGUCUCGCCCACACCUGUGCCCGUCUCCAUGGCGACCCUCUCCUGGCAGAACGUCAGCCAGAACUACUCCUACUCCACCGGCGGGCGGAACCAUUCCACCGGGGGAGAGAGCCACUCGACAGAGGGGCAGGAGUACUCGAUAGUGGGGCAAUACUACGCUGGGACCAACAUCAUGGGCCUGAUCGUCUUUUGCCUGCUGUUCGGCCUCACCAUUGGCCGGAUGGGCGAGAGGGGGCGGGUCCUGGUGGAGUUCUUCAACGCGCUGAACGAGGCCACCAUGAAGAUAGUCCAGAUCAUUAUGUGCUACAUGCCCGUUGGGAUUGUGUUCCUGAUCGCUGUUCGGAUCGUGGAGGUUGAAAACUGGGACAAAAUGCAGAAACUGGGCCUCUUCAUGGUGACCGUGCUGAGUGGGCUUGCCAUCCACGCCUGCUUCAUCCUCCCGCUGUUGUACGUGGCGUUUGUGAGGCGGAACCCCUUCAGGUUCGCCUGGGGCAUGGCCGAAGCCCUGGUGACCGCCCUCAUGACCUCAUCCAGCACCGCUACGCUGCCCGUGACGAUUCGCUGCGCGGAGGAGAGGAACCGGCUCGAUCGGCGCAUCACGCGCUUCGUCCUCCCGCUGGGGACCACCGUCAACAUGGACGGCACCGCCCUGUACGAGGCCGUGGCCGCCAUCUUCAUCGCCCAGCUUAACCGCUACCCCCUGGGGGUGGGACGGAUCCUCACGCUCAGUAUCACGGCGACGCUGGCCAGUAUCGGUGCAGCAGGAAUCCCCUCUGCUGGGGCCGUUACCACAAUCAUGGUGCUGUCAGCCCUCCACCUGCCCCUGGACGAUGUCACGCUCCUCAUUGCUGUCGAUUGGCUGCUGGACCGGUUCCGCACGGCGGUGAACGUCCUGGGCGACGCGUUUGUGGCCGGAAUCAUCCAGAAGCUGUCGGAGCGGGAGCUGGGGAGGACGGUCACGCUGCGCGAGCUGGACGCCGCGAGCCUCUUCACCCUGGAGACGAGCACGGGCACGGCCGUCACCGAGGACACCGGCGUCACCGAGGAAACGGGCUACGCUGACGACGGCUACGCUAACGACGGCUUCGCCGACGAUAGAACGGACGCGGACUUAAACAGUUCUCAGUGCUAGAAAAUAUGAAGAAAACAAACUUUUAAAAAGACACUUGCUAAUCUGUACCCUUA